GAUAGUCGCCUUUAAUAUGAACGUGCUACUAGUAAUAUUGUUAAGCCUACUAUUCGUUUGUGGCACGAUCUGCGUACGUAAUGAAUACAAGAGGACGUAUCUCUGGAAAUUAUUCGGCUACAACAUUGACGGGGUUAUAUAUACGAAUGACUCGGACUUUGAACACAAACAAGGUACAUUUACUUUUGAAGAAGAACUGCUGGAAGAUCACGAAAAAUUUUUGAUUCGAAAGAACUUAGUUCCGAACCACAUCAACUAUAACCUCUUUCGUACAAUAAUAUCUAUUCCUAGGACAAGGCCGGGUAUACCGUUCACCCUCAAUGAGAUACCAUAUUUUAGCAUAUAUAACACUAAUCACAGUCCUUUGCUCAAGCCUUAUCCGUCGUCUAAAGAAUCAAAAAACAUUAUAUCGGUUUAUGAAACCGCAAUCGAUGGAUGUGAAAGGUAUUGGUUCGUUGACACAGGUUUCGUGGAUAUACCUGGUGUAAGGGAACAAGUCGUGCCUCCCAGCAUUUACGUGUUUCAGGACCGAGAUAAUUAUCUUCUACAUACAUCUAAUAUAGAUGCAAGCGUUCUUAAAGAAGGAGUAUCGGCAGGUCUUAGGUCUCUGACGAUCGACUACAUAUUCCCUUGUAACGAAACCUUCGCGUACAUCAGUGACGAUAACGGUGACGCUGUCAUUGCCUUUUCGUUUGAGGAAAAACGUUUCUGGAGGAUCGAACGUCAAAUCACUGGAAGCGAAGCUUGGACUUUCCCCAUACCGCAAUCCAUUUUACUGUACGCUGAAAACGUUAUAAGAUACAGGAAAAGUCCGAACGAGACAUUUGUACAUUAUUCAGAUAUUUUGAAAAAUACGAAGAUUUCUCAACGUUCCGGCCAAGAUGUGACCGUGGAUCUCAGUGAAAUAAAUACAAAUCCAAGAGGAAUUUUAUACGACAGGAGUUAUGACGGUAGCAUUUUAUUUUUCACGGAUGAAUCUCGCACUAAUCUGUACUGUUGGAACAUGGACACGCCGAUGGAUGAAGACAACAUUGAACUGCUCACUGAUAUUUCCAGGGACAACAGCUUUUAUAUAAGCGCUAUGAACAUCGUAGGAAGGGGAUUUCAUUUUAUGGUAAACCGAUUUAGGAACUCGAGUAAUAAUAUUUAUGACGAAAACAAAAUGAACUUUGCUAUGUACAAGGCCGAUGUAUAUGAAAUCUUCAAUAACUCAAAAUGCAACAAACCUACUAUAUGUUCCGAAUUCCUUGAUAUUUGGGAUGACAAAGUCAGAGGCAUCUUGUCUCCAUUCAAAUACAUGGUUAAAUAUUUACGCGAUGAGUACCUAGAAUCAGAAAGGAAAAAACAAAUACGCCUUGGAUAAUUUAUUAAUUAUAACUUUUAGUUUUUAGUAAAUAAAUAUUUGAAUAGCAUUUCAAUGAAAUAGAGAAAUAAUGUUUUCUUUCAUUAAAAUUAUUAUCUCAUAAAUGAUCUCCAAUAAAAAAUAGUGAAAGCAGAAAAAGAAAGUCUAUAUUUUAGCACGUUGCAAUGAAUAUAUCUCUGGACCUGGUACCGAUACGUUAGUAUCAUAAGGAAGUGGCAGAACGAUACUUCAAAUUCAAAUUCAAACCGACCGCGAGCGAUGGGGCACCGCAAAGUCGCCGUCGCCCGAAAUGCAUAUAUUUUGUCGGAUCCCCCGGAUUCACUCUCGGUACUUUUAGGCC